CUGGAGACAUCACUUGAAUGUUUUUUAUUUUUAUCAAAUUGACAGUAAAAAUCAUCCUUUGUUUUUAAGACAUGUAUAUUUUGUAGCAUGCUAUUCAGUGGGUUUGGUGUGCAGCCCAAGCUUAAAUUUAACAAAAAAAUACUGUUGCUGGUUUAUAUUUGAAUUAAAUAAUGUAAGCUGCUUUUUUAGCUAGCUCAAACAUUAUUUACAUAUUUGCUUACCAGUAAGCAGUGUGUACACAAAGUUACACACACAAUAUUUUACAAUAACAUGUUAAACAUACUUUUUACUAUUUACUAUUUAUUUCUGUGUAUAUUUAUGACCUGCAGUUCAUGCAUCGUGGUGAUCAGUAGUGAGAAAUGGCUGAUUCUGUGGUAUCGGGUUCAACCCUCAGACGGAGAGCACGCAGAGAUGUUGAUAGGAGACUUCAGCAAAUGAGGGAGAACUGCAGAUUUAACUUUGCAUUCAGAAUUAGGAAUGGGGAAAGGAUGGAGGAAGGUGAUCUUGGAAAUGAGGAGAGAGUGGAGCAAAAUGACUUUGAAAAUGGAAGUGAAGUGGAGAAUGAGGAUGUUCAGAAUGAGGGUAUUUAUAUAGACAACACAGCAGACAUAUUUGCAUGUCCUCAGUCAGCAGACUUUUCUGAAGAUGAGUCUGAUUUGGAUCUGCAUUCUGAUGAGCAUUUAGAAGAGCCAUGUAGCCUCCGUGACAGUAUUUGUAACUGGGCUUUAACCUUUGGAAUAUCUCUUGUUGCUCUAACAGCACUUUUAGGGCUGUUGAGACUUUAUCAUCCUGAACUCCCAAAAGAUGCAAGAACUCUCCUCAAUACUAAAAGUGGGUAUUCUAUUCAGAAUAAGGAUGUUUCUGGUAGUUCAGUUUUUAGAUGAAGAAAAAGCUGUGUCUGUUAUACCACAGUCUUGGUACAGUGAUGGCACAACCUUUUGGCCAAAUUAUAAGAGCGAUCAAAGACUCAACAAAGCAGUAAGAUAUGCUGAGGAACCAGGCCCUGACUGGACCAAGCAUGACGUUAGAGUACUAAAGUCCUACGGAGACUACAUGUCUGCAUGGCAAGGGAUGAAGAAGUCUUUGACGUGUCAAACUUCAGAAUUGGAUUCAGAUGAUCAGGAGGAUAUAGGCAGGGUGAAAAGAGCACCUAAACCAAUCCACUACUAUGGUGACACUGACUAUGAAAGUGAACAUGAAGACUUGGCUAAUAAAACAAAAGUUCCCUUGACAAGAUUUUCAAAACCUCAACAGUCAACUGGACCUUGCAUGUUCUCCCCACAUUCUGCACCUCAGGUACCAUCACCACCUUUACCAUCUGUGCCACCUUGUCGCUCACCACCACAUUCUUUGCCUCAGGUGCCACCUCCUUACCAGUCACUAUCGCUCUCUGAAAAUACAUCUCAACAAAUUUCCACGAGCCUUCCAAAAAUGAAAAACACUUCUGAACUCUUCAAGCUACUUACAGAGUUGGUCAAUGUGGAACAGAACCAAUACCUUGUACUGCUGCAGAUCUUCAUAUCCUUACAUUGCUCGAACAUGUGAAGCACCAGCUGUCACAAUUGGCUGUCAUGAUCAGUUCACUAUCUGGGCGGCUAAACAUUGAAUGCUCACCUGAUAUGCCAGAAGAGGUCCAGUUUCCUUUACAAUCAUUGGAGGAAGUGGAUGACUUUGAGGCCUGGUUGAAACAACCAACC